UGGCGGCUCCGCACCGCGGUGCAGUGCCUGUCCGGACGCCGUACGUUCGAGACGCGCCUUUCGUUCCCUCGCUGCCCGUUCAGUGACUCCCACUCUCGUGUCUCGUUCACUCUCGCUGUCAUAGCCACGGGAUUUUGACAGCUGUAGAGAAGAGAGGAAAAAUUAAUUCGCGUCCCUUCGCAUACUUUUACGUUAGACUAUUUCCCGUGACUUCAGUGAUGUCUUUAAUGGCAUUUACGAGCAUUGCCGUCUGAUUGCAAUCGCAUAACGAUAAGGCAGACGCGACUCUCGUUUGAAUUUAAUAUUAAUGGUAAUAAUUGCUUUCGGUGAGAGGCCGCUAGUGGAAUUUUCUACGUUAAUACUUUAGAACGUCGAAUACUCUGUAUACUUUUCAUCUGGACAUUGUGAGUGGGUGAAAACAGUGAUCGGAAAAAGCGUCAAGGACAGACAUUCGAGCGAAGCGUACCAGAAGAACUUCCGUGCACCUUUUAUUAAUCUUUUUCUCUUCUCUUUGUAAUUCUCGCUUGCCUUUUUGUCCUUGCAUUUAUUCACAGUGCACGUAGUUUGUGUAUACGAGAAAACUAGAACUUUGAUCAUGUACGUUUUUCAUGUCCUACGAGAGACACGUUCUAACAUGACAGUUUGAGGUUAGACCCGCGCCUUGAUGUUUCGGUAAAGACGAAGAGCACGGCGCAUCAACACGUCGAUAGACCUCGCGACUAUUCUGACAAUAAUAAACAAGUCGAAGGCGUCGGAAAGGGUCUAGUGCCUUCGGGUAUUCUAAGAAGACGACGUGGUAGAAGAAAAAGAAAAAACGUUACGCCUUGAAAUCACGUGACCCUGAUAAGUAUCGGGCGCUGUUAUUUAAGCCUGUAACGUAAUAAUCCAAUCACGUUUUACAGUGGUGGGUCGAAUCCCGCCAUUUUGUUCGAAAGCAUACAAUUAAUUGGGGUACCUUCUUGGUGAUUAAUAAAUAAAUGCGAACUGCGUGAAACGAACGGAUGAGCUGUGCUAUGGAGUACCAGCAACUGGCGCCGCCUCCAGUACCAGGAGUGCUUCACCAGGCGCAUCAUCCCCAACAGCAUCAACCCCCUGGACCACCGCAUCCACAUAUCGUAGUUGCUCCGGCACAUCAACAACAACCCCAACCGCCGCCGCCCCUGCCGCCCACGUCCCACGCCCAUCAAGUUCACGCUCCUCUGCCACCUAUUCACGAUGACAGCACCAGCUCUCGUUGGAGUCAGUAUCAACAUCUUUGGAGGCAGCAUCAUGUGUACAUGAACGGGAAACAAGGCAAGGAUGGACCAGAAGAGAAGAAAGACGCCGACGGCGAACUCUGGGGCAACGUGGAAGCGCAGGCCGCCUUCCUUGGGCCAAAUUUAUGGGACAAAACUCUGCCCUACGAUGCCGACCUGAAGGUAUUAAACCAUUACGUGGACCUGGACGAGUUCCUCUCGGAGAAUGGUAUCCCUGUCGAUGGCGUUGCCGGGGGUGGACAAGGUACGAUGCAGGGUGGCCAAUUGCACAAGAUGAACAAUAACGAUGCUGGCGGUCAUCAAGGACCGGCAGGCCUUCAUCUCGAGCCGGUUACAAAACGUGAAAGAUCACCAUCGCCGAGUGAAUGCUGCUCACCGGAUACCCUCAACCCACCAUCACCUGCAGAUUCCAAUUCCGAGGACUCGUCACGAAUACAAUAUGGCUUGUCUCUUGUAGCGCUCUCGAUGGCGUCAUCGGGGCGAGACUUCGACCCCCGCACCCGAGCCUUCUCCGACGAGGAACUGAAGCCCCAGCCGAUGAUCAAGAAGUCACGGAAACAGGUACCCCAGUUCGUUCCGGACGACUUGAAGGAUGACAAAUACUGGGCUCGUCGCAGGAAGAACAACAUGGCGGCAAAGAGAUCGCGAGACGCACGUCGCAUGAAGGAGAAUCAGAUAGCCCUGAGAGCCGGCUUCCUGGAGAAGGAGGUAAGAAACUAUAUGAGAAACCAGGAUCCUCUUCUACUGGGAUACGCGAACACUGAUCAAUAUACAUUACAAUACAACAUGGGUCUGCGACAGGAAUUGGAUCGGUUAAAGAACGAGAACAUGCUUCUGCGUGAUAAGCUCAGCAAAUACACGGACGUCUAACCAAUGGCCGUCGCGACGCGUCUUCACAGUUCUUCGUUACCCAGCGUCUCUUCCCUACUUAGAUCGCGUCUCCGUCGUCUACAGGAAGAAACACGCAGAUGAAGACAGUCCCACACAAAUUUCUAUUAAAAAAAUUCAUUAUACCCCCCUCCCCUCUCCCCCCAACAUUAUCCAUCACCCAUUUUUCCCCAUAUAUCCCAUCCGUAUAAUCCUAUUCGCGUUAACACUAAGUGAAAACUUAUCUUAUCUACCAACCUGAUGCCUUUUAUCCAUCCCCUAGAUUCUCCUCAGCCUCACUUGUACAUAGUUAUAUGUAUAGUUAGAUUAUAUAUAUAUUAUAUAUAAUAUCGAUAUCAUAUUAUAGUAUGAACAAUACUAGAGAGAGAUACCUGUAUCUACAUUUAAAUGAAGAGGACACGUAUACAUAUUACGUAACACCCGCGACACUACAAAGACACACACCAUGUACACACGUUAUGUUAAUCCGAUGACGCAAUAUAUGUAUAAACAAACGUACACAUUACAUUCGCACGCAUAUUCUCGCAGAUUACGAUCGGAUCACUUUUAUCUUUUAUCAUUGGGAAAUACCAACAAUUGCAUUUUACACUCAGUACACGUAUACAGUUUACACUUGCGUAUGGAGAGACAUAUACAUAUAUAUACAUAUAUAUUGUAUAUAUAUAUAUAUAUAUAUAUAUAUAUACAAUACACUAUACACUUGCACGCGCGUAAGCCCAACCGCUGCAUACGUUUGAACAGGAAGCUCCGCCAUUUUCAAAUGAGUCUUGAGAGAAAAAAAAGGAGAAAGAUGCCUGAACGAUAUUUUCCAUCGAUGCCAAUAGAAACAGUAAAGAAGGAGGGAAAAAAGAAUGUAUCUUGGAAUUGGGGGAAUUUUCUUUUUUUUUUCUUUUGACUUUUACUUCGCACUCUGUUCUUUACUCUCUUUGUUAAACUUAUGUUUCUCUUUCUCUCUCUCUCACUCUCUCUCUCUCUCUCUCUCUCUUGUUCUAUCUCUCUAAUUCUCCUUCAAUCCUCUCAUUCUCUAUGUUGCAUCUCUUUUGUCUUGAUUUAAUAAAAUCUGAUCUCGAACCAAAAGUCUGUCAUCGAUCACAAACAUUCAGGCAUAUCUUGUUCGUGGCUCUUUUCUUCGACUAGUGACUUUUGUCAUCGAAUGAUCUAUCAAUUAUCUGUAUUCAAUAAUGACGUUUAAGCAUGUUGUUAUGAUCUGUUAUUAUCAUUUUUAUUCUUUCAAUCCCCUCGAUAUCUGUUUCUUUUCUCUCAUCAUCUUACUAUUUCUCUCUCUCUCUCUCUCUCUCUCUUACUCUUUCUCUGUUUCUCGCUUUAUAAAUUUUUCUUUAAUCAUCCACUUCAGUACUUCUUUUUCUCUUGUCCGUCUUCCUCACAGACCCGGUGUACACAGGAAGUCGCGUAUUGGUUACCAGGGCCAGCCGCCAGGGCGUUAAUUACACAUGGAAUGAUAGAGACCUCUCGUGGUUGAAUCAUGUGAGCUUACUUUUGGUGCCUUUUUCACGGGCGCUAAAUUUUCUUAUAUAACAAUAAGUAAAAGAAGGCGGAGAAGUAGGACGAAGAAAAAAAAUAAUAAGUGCGGAGGGAGAAAAGGAGCGAAAAUAAUAUAAAUACCCACGUGCGCGGUCACGUGCUAAUUCGCUUUAUCAAGUCGGUAUGAUAAUAAUAACAACAGUAACGCCUAAGCUCGCUACUCCAGCCGCGUCGCGUUCACCGAGCCAUUGUAAAUAAUUCUCGAUACGGAUCACAAAAAAAAUGUGGCGCGAUCGUAGGAAAUCUAUUCUGAUCCCACGUUGCUCGGGGAUCAUGUCUGCGUGCUGUGACAAAAGUCUGGUAUUCGUUUCGUUUCGUUGCGCACAUUAUAUAGAUAUGUCAUAUAGAUACAUAAGUACACAUACGAUAUAUAGUAUAUAAAUAUAUUAUAUAAUAAACAUGACGUUCCUCGCGCGCAAAAUUAUGUUAAAAACUGUCCUAGGACUGUCGGCUAGAAUUGUAUAAUUCUUUUCGUUCGAUAUUUAACGUCAAAAUUUAUAAUGAUCACGAUUCAGCCUAACGAUAAGUUAAAGGAAACAAUAACAAAUUGAAAAGAAUUUCUUCACGCGCAUAUAAAUACAUCAGACUGGCGGGACACGAAAACGUAUUUAAAUACUGUACAUGUAUACCUAUAGAUAUACCUAAGAGGCCCUAGAAUAUCGAUCAAUCCGUUAUUUUUUAUUUUUGGUUUUCUUUUUUAAUUGUAAGGCCUUGUAUUGUGUUCAACGAAGCGCGUAGCGAAUUGUAAACCAGGAUAGUGACGAAGUCCUUCUUAAGACAUAACGUGGACGACGUCUUGUCGCACGUGCGUCGACGUAAUACAAAUCUCGUGUAUUGUUUCCAAGACACGUUACGCUGUUACGUCACAUGAUGACGACUGUAUGACGACAGUCGUCAACAACCGUAUCGCGAAGAUAUUUGCCUUGGCCUCGUCGUCGUUGCGAUAUUACUUUUUCUUUUUCCUUUUUCGACGUCAUAUUUUUUUAGCGAAUAUCUCCAAGUGAGAGAAAGACAAAGUGAGAGAGAGAAAGAGAGAGAGAGAGAGAGUAACGCAAAGAAAGAUACAAAGAUAGAGCCUGUGAUUGAAUGGAGAGAAUGCGACGGAAUGCGUGCUGAAGUGAGAUAGCCUGUAAUAUUGUAUAUGCAUAAGGAGAAAGGACAGAGAGAGAGAGAGAGAGAGAGAGAGACAGAAAGAGAGAGCGUGAUAUACAUAUGUUAUUCAGGCAAGAGUGAAAGAGACAAAAGAGAAGGACAAAGAAUAGAAACAAACAAGUACAGAUCUUUUUAAAGAAUCGCUCGGUUUAUCAUUAAAAAAUCAUGAAUUUAAUAUAACAAUAAUGAGAAACAGAAAAGAAACUAUGGAUAACGAUCGUUGUGUAUUGAUUCGUGGAAUCGUGCUGUGUUAUGCGAGUGAGAGAGAGAGAGAGAGAGAGAGAGAGAGGGAGAGAGAGGGAGUGACAGGAAUAGAAAAGAUUUAAAGGGGAAAAGAAAGAAAAAAAAAAAGAAAAUUAAAGAAUGUAAUUCUUAUCGACGUUUUCUGCGCACGAAUCUAGCUCCUAGUUCUCCCGGAGGGUUUUUAAUAUUUCUAGCGUAUCCACGUGGUGAUGGUACACAGUGAUUCUAGUUGUUUUUAUUGUAAGGCUAGGAAAGUACUUUUUUCUUUCUUUUUUUCUCCUUUCGUUAGCAUAUAGUUCACACGUUAAAUCGUAGUGGCGCUCAAGUGCGCGGAAAGCGUCGCCAACGUAGAGAAGGAACGUAACGUCACAAACCGCCCACGGUCGUCCGAAACGCUAAGAUUGAUGAUUCUGUAUGACAGAUGUUACAACGUCGUCGUCAUCGGUGACGAUGACGAUACGGCCGUGACGAUGACUAUUAUUAUUAUUAAUAUUAUUAAUAUUAUUAUUUGUUGUUAAUAAUAAUUCUUCUAACCGACCGCGACUGUUACAAUGACGAUCCUGACGACCUCAUAACAUUAUUUCGUGUAUAGACUAUUUACUUAUAUAUAAUUGUAAUUACAUUAUGACGAGAGGAACGAUGACGAUCGUGAUUGAUUGUAAAGGUGGCUGCUCCGGCUACUAGCCUACAUCUUUUUAAGUUUUUAGAUGUUUAUUUUGUUUCGGUAUAAUAUUAUAGAGAGAUGAGAAAUUGUUACAUGGAGAUAAAUCAUGGCUGCAUUAGAGUUCUCAGUCGUAUUCUACGUUUUUAUCUUUUUUUUUAUCUUCUCUUCAAGGUGUCGGUAUAACGACAGGCUGAUUAGAUGGCAAAGUGUUAAGAUACCUGACAGCGUAUAAAGGAUCUGUACAGAAUUAUUGAUUGAAGAGGGGAUUGGAGCUUUGCGAAAGAUUUGGCAGCAUUUUCAUUUAAGCGACAAUAAUUGAGUCGUCGACAGGAUCCCAUUGCGAUUUUACGUAAGACGAUAGUUUAAUUUGAAUCGUUGCUCUUUAUUCAUUUUUAUCUGUUGUCAGUUUCAAAAUCUUGGGAUUCUUGUGGGUGAUUGUUCCAGGUGGGAUUUUUGUGUAGCUUCCAUGAAAAUGCUUCAAGUUUAUUCGUGCCGGUGGUAUACGCCUGAUUCAAUAUCCUUGCAAUUGUUUUGAUGGGAGAAUUUUUUAUUGCAACUAGAAAAUAUUUUCGAUAUUCUGCAUGGCACUGAAGGGGGGCCGGGGGCGGGUUAAUGAAAUAGUAGGAAGGCCGAAUGUUUUCGCGCGAAUCCAUUGUCGCUUCUAUGAAUAUCCCUUUGUAUCUUUUUGUUUUUGGGAAGGUAUCGAUCGAUUCGAAUGACUGUUUUGCUUGAAAGUGAUUGGCUGGAGUCGCGCGAUCAUUGUUGCCGCGGUUUAUAGUCCUCGACAUUUUUGCGAUGAUCCGACGAUAGUGAAUUAUAUUGUAGCAAAUAAAAAUGCCAGCGAACUAGGGGCAGACACACGUGUGUGAUGCUACCAGCUUUGCUCUCAGAUUAUAGGAGACAAGAAUAGAUAUAGAGAACGGAACACACAAUGCCGUCACGCCAAAAUCAUCCGAUCCAUGUACGAAAUGAGAAACAAAAAGUGAAAACUGUGAAGUAUGAACGACCACCAAUUUAAAAAAAAAAGAAGAAACCUACUGUACCACAUUUCGAGAAAUAUAUGUAUUUGUUAUUGUUUUAAUUGAA